UAAAUAAAAAAUUAACCAACAACAACAAUACGAACAACCAAAUAGAAACGUCAGGUGAAGAAAGGGGAUCAGAUCUUAGUUCAAUUUCGCAAAGCAAAAAUGAUCUCGCAGUUCUUCGUACUGUCUCAACGAGGCGAUAACAUCGUCUUCCGUGACUAUCGAGGUGAAGUGCAGAAAGGAAGUGCGGAGAUAUUUUUUCGUAAAGUGAAGUUCUGGAAAGAAGAUGGACAAGAGGAGGCGCCACCUGUCUUUAAUGUGGACGGUGUGAACUACUUUCAUGUGAAAGUUGUUGGAUUGUUGUUUGUGGCAACAACAAGAGUUAAUGUUUCACCAUCUCUUGUGUUGGAGCUUCUGCAAAGGAUUGCUCGUGUAAUCAAAGAUUAUCUUGGGGUUCUCAAUGAAGAUUCACUGCGGAAGAACUUUGUGCUUGUAUAUGAGUUGCUUGACGAAGUCAUUGAUUUUGGUUAUGUGCAGACAACUUCUACUGAAUUGUUGAAAUCCUAUGUGUUUAAUGAACCAAUUGUGAUUGAUGCUUCACGCCUACAACCUCUUGGGCCUGCUUCGAUUUUUAUGCAAGGUACCAAAAGAAUGCCAGGAACAGCUGUCACUAAAUCUGUUGUGGCAAAUGAGCCUGGUGGUAGGAAGAGAGAAGAAAUUUUUGUGGAUAUAAUUGAAAAAAUCAGCGUGACAUUUAGUUCAAGUGGAUAUAUACUGACUUCUGAGAUUGAUGGCACCAUCCAAAUGAAGAGCUAUCUUACUGGAAACCCGGAAAUACGAUUAGCUCUUAAUGAUGACCUGAGCAUAGGAAAAGAUGGGAGAUCGAUAUAUGAUUAUAGGAGUUCAUCUGGGCCAGGAGCUGUGGUACUUGAUGACUGUAAUUUUCAUGAAUCUGUACGCCUUGAUAGUUUUGAUCUGGACAGAACUCUGUCUCUGGUUCCGCCAGAUGGUGAAUUUCCAGUCAUGAACUAUCGUAUGACCCAGGAGUUCAAGCCUCCUUUUCGUAUUAACACGUUGAUUGAAGAAGCAGGAGCCCUUAAGGCUGAAGUGAUUAUUAAAAUAAGUGCAGAAUUCCCUUCCAACAUUACGGCAAACACAGUUGUUGUAGAAAUGCCUCUUCCAAAAUAUACUACCAGAGUGAGUUUUGGAUUAGAACCUGGAGCAGUUGGGCAGAGAACAGAUUUCAAGGAAGCUAAUAAGCGACUUGAAUGGGGUUUAAAGAAGAUUGUUGGUGGAUCUGAACACAUGCUACGUGCAAAGUUGACAUUUUCACAGGAAUCACAUGGAAAUAUCACAAAAGAAUCUGGACCCGUCAGCAUGACUUUCACAAUCCCAAUGUACAAUGGGGAUCGAGGUGAAGUGCAGAAAGGAAGUGCGGAGAUAUUUUUUCGUAAAGUGAAGUUCUGGAAAGAAGAUGGACAAGAGGAGGCGCCACCUGUCUUUAAUGUGGACGGUGUGAACUACUUUCAUGUGAAAGUUGUUGGAUUGUUGUUUGUGGCAACAACAAGAGUUAAUGUUUCACCAUCUCUUGUGUUGGAGCUUCUGCAAAGGAUUGCUCGUGUAAUCAAAGAUUAUCUUGGGGUUCUCAAUGAAGAUUCACUGCGGAAGAACUUUGUGCUUGUAUAUGAGUUGCUUGACGAAGUCAUUGAUUUUGGUUAUGUGCAGACAACUUCUACUGAAUUGUUGAAAUCCUAUGUGUUUAAUGAACCAAUUGUGAUUGAUGCUUCACGCCUACAACCUCUUGGGCCUGCUUCGAUUUUUAUGCAAGGUACCAAAAGAAUGCCAGGAACAGCUGUCACUAAAUCUGUUGUGGCAAAUGAGCCUGGUGGUAGGAAGAGAGAAGAAAUUUUUGUGGAUAUAAUUGAAAAAAUCAGCGUGACAUUUAGUUCAAGUGGAUAUAUACUGACUUCUGAGAUUGAUGGCACCAUCCAAAUGAAGAGCUAUCUUACUGGAAACCCGGAAAUACGAUUAGCUCUUAAUGAUGACCUGAGCAUAGGAAAAGAUGGGAGAUCGAUAUAUGAUUAUAGGAGUUCAUCUGGGCCAGGAGCUGUGGUACUUGAUGACUGUAAUUUUCAUGAAUCUGUACGCCUUGAUAGUUUUGAUCUGGACAGAACUCUGUCUCUGGUUCCGCCAGAUGGUGAAUUUCCAGUCAUGAACUAUCGUAUGACCCAGGAGUUCAAGCCUCCUUUUCGUAUUAACACGUUGAUUGAAGAAGCAGGAGCCCUUAAGGCUGAAGUGAUUAUUAAAAUAAGUGCAGAAUUCCCUUCCAACAUUACGGCAAAUACAGUUGUUGUAGAAAUGCCUCUUCCAAAAUAUACUACCAGAGUGAGUUUUGGAUUAGAACCUGGAGCAGUUGGGCAGAGAACAGAUUUCAAGGAAGCUAAUAAGCGACUUGAAUGGGGUUUAAAGAAGAUUGUUGGUGGAUCUGAACACAUGCUACGUGCAAAGUUGACAUUUUCACAGGAAUCACAUGGAAAUAUCACAAAAGAAUCUGGACCCGUCAGCAUGACUUUCACAAUCCCAAUGUACAAUGCUUCAAGGCUUCAGGUGAAAUACUUGCAGAUAGCAAAGAAAUCCAGUACAUACAAUCCAUAUCGAUGGGUGAGAUAUGUGACGCAGGCUAAUUCUUAUGUUGCUCGUAUAUGACAGUAGAAUUUCCACCCUUCCAAUCAUUUUGUAUCUUGUUUAUGUGCUGCCAGUUUUUCUUGACUACUUGGUAUGGUUUAAAUAUUUACCUUAGAAAUGUACUCUUGGCUAAAUGGAACUAAUUCUUGUAUUGGUUGUUAUAUUGACUAGUAUAGAUUUAUUUUCCGACU